AUGGUGCUGGCACGAGAGCCGGCCAGGCGGAUGCCAUCGCAAGAACUGCAAGUUCAGGCAUUGGUACCGCAAGUUUUGGUAACGUCGGCACUUCUCCUGCUGGUGGCUGUCAAGAUUUCAGCCUGCUACCUGGCCAUGUCUCCUGAAGUCGAGUCGCUCGUGGGCCUGAAGGACGUGCGUGCGCUCUGGAUAGAGCAGAUCCGACGUUGCGGUGUGCAGGAGGCGGCAGCAGCUCCGGGUCAAGCGGCGCGGCUCUGGCUGAUAUUGCAAACGACGGGGAGUUUGUUCGGCUGGACAUCGUGA